AACUUGGUAUCGUUUCAGCUAAAACCCAGAGAAGGAGAAAGAAAGAGAGAAGCGAAAAUGGUGUUUCAGAGUAUAAGGCUUCCAUUCACAAACUACUCUUCUUGUCGAACUGCUCAUCGUUCUGCUCUUUUCUUCUUCGAUAACCACACCGCCUCGUCUUCUUCGGCAGUGAGGUGGUUCAGAGGUAAUCAGCAUUUCUCCAUCAGAAAUUUUUCUGCAAAGUCAGCCAAGUUCUAUCCUUCAAAGAAGAAAAAGAGACUGGACGAGGUGUGCCUGGAGAGGUAUCAGCAAUAUAGCCGAACUUUCAUACAGUCAUGGAUAAUACAAGGGAAAGUGUUUGUGAAUGGUAAAGUGGUGAAUAAAGCUGGGACACCUGUCCCAAAUGAAGCUGUUGUGGAGAUUAAUGCAGAAAUUCCUAAAUAUGUAUGUAGAGCAGGAUACAAGUUGGAGGCAGCUAUUGAGCAGCUAGAAAUCGAUGUUACAGGGAAAGUUGCUCUCGACUCUGGAUUGUCAACUGGAGGUUUUACUGAUUGCCUGCUCCAACAUGGUGCUGCUUAUGUAUAUGGAGUUGAUGUAGGCUACGGGCAGGUGGCAGAUAAAAUUCGUCUUGACGAACGAGUCAGUGUUAUUGAGCGGACAAACUUAAGAUAUCUUACCGGGCUUCCGAAACAAGUUGAUUUGGUGACUUUAGACCUCUCAUUUAUUUCCAUAAUCACAGUGAUGCCUGCUGUAGUUAAGGCAAUGAAGGAGCAGUCCACUUUAAUUACCCUUGUGAAACCUCAGUUUGAAGCAAGGAGAUCCCAGGUGGGAAGUGGUGGAAUUGUCAGAGAUCCAGAGGUCCAUAAAGAGGUUUUAGAGAGAAUCAUGAAUGGGGUGCAAAGUUUUGGGUUCCAAAGCAAAGGAUGGAUAGAGUCCCCUUUAAAAGGUGCUGAGGGUAAUACAGAGUUCUUGGUUUGCUUUGAAAGAACAGCUGAAAAAGCUGUUUAGAUGUGUAUCAUUUACAGAAGCAACGCACCAUGCAAUAAUAUCUGAUAUGCUGUUCGUGAAAGGAAAUGACACUAUUGGAAAUGAAUAGUAAUAUAGUAUGCUGACAACGAAACAAGGAGCUAAGAAAUGAACAUCUUCUUCUCCAAUUUCACUGCAAUGGUGAACGCUAAGCAAUACUAGGAAUUGGUCUGGAAUUGUUUACUCUGUGAUGAUUUAUGCUUAUACUCUGUAUUAAGGAGGGAAUGAAGAUAUUACAGAGUAUUUUGGUAUUAACUGUCAUAGAGAACACGAAAAAAUCAUAUUACAAUUUUUUUAAUAGUAGAAUUAUGAAGUACAAAUUACAUUUCCCCUUAUAUUCUGAAACUUCAAGCCACACUUGAUGUAGAUGUACUGUUGCAAACUUUAUCUCAACAAGUUAGGUUAA